AGGCCCGUCGUGGGGGGGGGGGGGCGGGGGCAUAGGGCGCGCCCUCCCUUCUGCGUGGUGGACUUUGGGCUCCGCCGACGGGGGCGUUUCCCGAGCCCUCCGGGGACCCCCCAGGCCAGGUAGCCCGCAGACCAGGCAGACCGAGCCGCGUGCGCCUGGCGGCUGAGGUCCGGCGCGAGAGGCUCCCGCGCGGGUGGUGGAGAGUCGGGGAGAAUCCAGAGGGCAUAUCGUCGGUAGUCAUUUCCUCCUUUACCUUCUUGCCGCCAAGGCUGCAGUGAAAGGCAGUGCCUCUGCUGUGAGGGAACAGUUUGUGGCCAGACAAGCCCAGAACCAAGACGCUGUCAUCACAGGAGCUCGGAGACUGGCGGUGGGAGCAGCUCCAUCCAGUCAUGAUGGUGGACACAGAGAGCCCGAUCGGUCCCCUCUCCCCGCUUGAGGCUGAUGAUCUGGAAAGUCCACUCUCUGAAGAGUUCCUACAAGAAAUGGGAACCAUGCAAGAGAUUUCUCAAUCCAUUGGUGAAGACAGUUCUGGAAGCUUUAGUUUCACAGAAUACCAGUAUUUAGGAAGUGGUCCGGGAUCGGAUGGCUCCAUUGUUACUGACACCCUCUCACCAGCCUCGAGUCCCUCAUCUGUCUCUUACCCUGUGGUUCCUGGCAGCGCGGAGGAAUCGUCUAGCGUGGCCCUGAGCAUCGAGUGUAGAAUCUGUGGGGACAAAGCCUCGGGCUACCAUUACGGAGUUCACGCGUGUGAAGGCUGCAAGGGUUUCUUUCGGAGGACUAUCCGGCUAAAGCUGGUGUAUGACAAAUGUGACCGUAGCUGCAAGAUUCAGAAAAAGAAUCGGAAUAAGUGCCAAUAUUGCCGUUUUCACAAGUGCCUUUCGGUUGGGAUGUCCCAUAACGCCAUUCGUUUUGGACGAAUGCCAAGAUCUGAAAAAGCAAAAUUGAAAGCAGAAAUCCUUACAUGUGAACGUGACCUAGAAGAUUCCGAAACCGCAGAUCUCAAAUCUCUCGCCAAGAGGAUUUAUGAAGCCUACUUGAAGAACUUCAACAUGAACAAGGUGAAGGCCCGGGUUAUCCUUGCGGGAAAGGCCAGCAACAACCCGCCUUUUGUCAUACAUGACAUGGAGACGUUGUGUAUGGCCGAGAAGACUCUCGUGGCCAAGUUGGUGGCCAACGGCAUCCAGAACAAGGAGGCAGAGGUCCGCAUCUUCCACUGCUGCCAGUGCACGUCCGUGGAGACUGUCACGGAGCUUACGGAAUUUGCCAAGUCUAUCCCGGGAUUUGCAAACUUGGACUUGAAUGACCAAGUCACUUUGCUGAAGUAUGGAGUUUAUGAGGCCAUAUUUGCAAUGCUGUCUUCUGUGAUGAAUAAAGAUGGGAUGCUGGUAGCAUACGGAAAUGGUUUUAUAACUCGUGAAUUCCUAAAAAGCUUAAGAAAACCAUUUUGUGAUAUCAUGGAGCCCAAGUUCGAUUUUGCAAUGAAGUUCAAUGCACUGGAGCUGGACGACAGUGAUAUCUCCCUUUUUGUGGCUGCUAUCAUCUGCUGCGGAGAUCGGCCCGGCCUUCUAAAUGUAGGACACAUUGAAAAAAUGCAGGAGGGUAUCGUGCAUGUGCUCAAACUUCACUUACAGAGCAACCAUCCCGACGACAUCUUUCUCUUCCCAAAACUCCUGCAAAAACUGGCAGACCUGCGGCAGCUGGUCACGGAGCACGCGCAGCUGGUGCAGGUGAUCAAGAAGACGGAGGCCGACGCCGCCCUGCACCCGCUGCUGCAGGAAAUCUACAGGGACAUGUACUGACUUCUUGGAAAUGCACACAAAACCGAAACUUUUCAAGGGUUUUUAAAGGUGACAGCACUACAAAUGAGAGAUGGGAGCAACGCAACUUUGCACAAACGUCCACCAUUGGAACCUGGGACAAAGGAAAGUAUAAGCUCUAGGUAACCGGCAUCCUGUUCCACGUUUAUUUCUUUUUUUUUAACCACUUCUGAGAGCGUGCAAAAUCUUGAAAUGCUGGUGGUAAGCAGCUAAUAGGCAGGACUUGGAAAAUGAAGGAGAGUGGUGUUCAGCGGUCUGAUUUAAUGCACCGAUGCGAAUCAGUGCAGAUUUCUCUAUGUCACGUUAGGAGUUUACCAGUGAAUUAACCUCAGAAUACGUGGUCUGUCUUCCCUUUUUACCACCUUUUGACUGCUGUGUUCCUUUAUAAUUUUGAAAACUAAUCAGCACUUUUUAAUUUUUAUAAUCCUGUAAACCUAGAUGUCUCCAAAGGUAUUUAAAAAGCAGCACAAUAUUUAUUUGGAAGACUUCCGUUGUUUCCUGAAUUUGAAGAAGGACAGCCUGCUGUUUUUGAAUCAUAGGGUUUAGAAUGUCACAGAGUGAUUCCAUAAGCUCUCAAAAUGCAGCGGUUGUUUUGUUUCAGUUCGCUGUUCUCAUGGUUGUAACUAAUAUGUGGAAAAGCCUAUUCCCAGGUUUGUGUGGGAGAUCCGGGAGAGCCACGGCUCACGGCCCCUCUGCACUCAGUCCUCUGCCUGUUUUAAGCCAGCGUCUGGUCAGCAGGAACCAGACAGACUCUGAGGUGCCAGCUUCCCAUUCCUCUCACCUCCAUUUCCUAUCAAAUCUGAACCAACAGAGUCAGGCCGUUCGGGGGCCGUGGUCCCGUCUCCAGGGGCAAACUGACAAGUUAUUUGUAAAUCUUGCUCUGGGCCCCCUCUGUCAAGGCAGCUCCUUGGUCUUUUUCUACGUUGCUUUUUUAAACAUGCGGCUUUAUUCUCGUAACUCUUUUAGCAUGGCCUGGGGGGCAGGGGUCUCACCUGGAGAAGGAAGGGGGGGCAGUGUGGGGGGGAGGUGGACACGAAGUGGUGGUUUUACCCGUCUCAGGAUUCACAACAGGCCGGUGGUUUCUACAAAGAUGUUGAGAGUUGUUUCCUUUUCUACAUAUAUAAGGUGGUUUUUCCAGUAUCUGAAAUAUCUGUUUCAGCCUUAAAGAUCGACUUUUCAACCCUGGUCCCGUUAUGAAGGCAGCGUGGAUUAUGGUUUUUGUCUAGAGCACACGGACCUGGAACUCCUCCUUUCCUCUCCACCAUGGUGAAUUAAUUAUCCCAUCAGAGAACUUUCAGCAGUGCCUCCCCCGAGCCAGACGGGGCCCUGCAGGCUAGCCCCUGGACGCCUCUUGGGCCGACAGCCUUUAUGACCUGGCUGCGCCCUUGACGGCCCUGCCCCUCUCUCUUUAGGAGAUCUGGGUCUCUAAGGUCAUGGUCGUUUGCUGUUAAUGAAUGGCUAGGAUUGACUUUGAAAAAGUUCCCAAGAUCAGCAUUAUUAUAAAUAAAACUGUGAGACUUCAGCUAGAAAAAAGCAGAACUUACAGUUAGGACAUCCUUUUACACAUUACACAUUUAGUGAUUUUUUUUUACCUUUUUACCAUCCAAUCAAAGGAUCUGUUGGAAGCAAAUCAGGCAUUUCCACUUUAGAAUGACACCAAUCAGGGCUUGCCCUAAGUCAGAAAGGAAUUACGCUUUGAGUCACAGGGUGCAUCCGUGUCCCCGUUCUUUCCUAGAAUGUGAACUCCCUGGGCUGGUGAGCCUGGAGACCUGUGGCUCGUCCGAGGUCUCAGGGUUGUGGACUGGAUCCCGGAGCCAGGUAUGUGCAGCCUCUCGCUCUGGUGUCCGAGGACAGAUCUAUGCAAAUGGACAUGGCCUUGGAAAGUGAGCCUCGAGACUCACGAGUUGUCUGCUCUGUUUAGGUGCUCAUACAGCCCACCUGAAUCAGCUCCUAGCUCAGGCUUGCCGCGGGAACAGACUGAUGGCAGGCCAGGGUUCUGCAUCAGUCGUGUUAGCAUUUGGUUCUCUUGGGGCCCAGCUAGACCACCUGCCAUGUCCCUGGUGAAGCCACAGAGGACCUCAGCUUGAAGGUCACUUGACAUUGUUCACUUGUUAAUAGGAAGAAAUUCAUUUGAAAUAAUAGAGUCAGUAAUUCCACUCAGAGCACUUGGGGUCACCCAGUCAAAGAUUUCUCCGAGCAUUGAUAGCCAAAUAUAGAUGAAUUAUUCACCAGUUUGAUAUAUGGUAGUAUUUCAAAUAGGAGCUGUUUAAAGAGCACACUCCUUACUUGCUACAUUUCAGUAGACGUCAGCAUAAGGUCCAAUGGAAGCUGGUUCUGGAAACUUCAAACCAUGAGCCUGGAACCGGCCACCCGGGGUGCUGGAUGCAGGACAUGGCAGGACCCCUUUCACCACCUUGACCCACUCUUCAAGCCUCUAUUUAAACCUGGUUCUUCCUUUCCUAAACCUGUCAUCACAGAAAGUGCCAGGCUGCUCAGAGACCACAGGUUACCAGGCAGCCUUUGGGAAGCAGGGACCAUGGGGCUCCUCCAGGAAAACCCUGCUGCCAUCCUGCCAGCACCCCCUCCUCUCUGCCUCCUGGGAACUUCCAGUUGGGGGUCCCAUGCGCUGACUUCUGCCCCCGCCACCCUGUGAGAAGCUGAGGGCUGCACAUACAGGACGCCACCUCCCUGACGUCCAGUGUUGUCAGAAACAGGGCGCCAGAGCCCUUCCUGCUGCCCGCCUGGCCUCUGGGUUCCCUGUGACCUUUCUACAGCUCUGUGGUGAGAGGAGUUUCAAGCAUCUUCCCAAAGAGGCUAUAUGCACAGGCGUAAACAGUGAACGGGAAUCGAGGGGAAAGAAUUCCAGACUGCUUGUGAGAGCUGACCCUGUUAAAGGGAGUCCUUCCUUCCACUUUAAGAGCCCAGAAUGCAUCUUUCCGUGGUACUGAUGCGUUUCCUACACUGGACCACGUGAAACUAAGGAAACAGACAGCAUCGAGGACUGUGGAAGUUCCAGCGAAGCGCAGCCGCCUAAGAUCUGAGCGGAAGCUCAGGGCACAAGCAAGAUCCUUUGUUUGCUGUAUGGUGAUAAGUAAACUAUUAAUUGAGCAACGACCGUCUCCCCAAACCUACAGCGUGACAGCUACCUCAAUAGAGUUAUCAGAAGGGACUGGUAAAAUGCAGGUCCACGUGGCACUGGGGCCUCUUGGUGCAGCUCUAGGCAGACUGCCUGUGAUUAGGGCUCCGAGGCUGGAUGUGCACUUAGCCGUGUGCGCACCGAGAGAUGGGAGGUUAUGUGGAUUUUAAGAGAACUUUUAUUUUAAGGGCGCCUUGGGAAUUCCCUGGCGGCCCAGUGGUUACGACGCUGCGCGUUCACUGCCAAGGGCCCAGUGACCUGCCAGGGCCUCCUUGUCUUGAGCUGCGCCUGCUGGCCGUGCGUGAGCCUGUUCAUGGGGAAAUCCUGGCAGAUGAGGGUGGAGAGAUGUCUCCGUGCAAGCCUCAGUCACACCGUGGCUUCCUGAGGCCUCGCCACCCCCCCACCCCCAUCCCCAGUCACACCUGUGCCCCUCUGUGCCUGACUCCCUUCCAAGCCACUGUGACACCGGGCACAUUUGACACGUAGUGGGCAGAUGCACAAUGGAGGGUUUUUUUGGUUUUUAUCUUGACCCAGUGGCCGCACCUGUCUCUGGAAUGUAUUAAAAAGUCCUGUUUAGAUCUUAGUCCAUUGUUUCAACCAGGGAGUCCGGUUCUCCCAGCUAAGACUGACGUGGCCACCGGCCUGGCCUUCCAGGGACCCAGGGAAAACCAGCCACCUUAAAGUGCCUCUUCAACCCAUGUGGCCUUUCAAAACGCAGGUCCCGCGAGGAAGGCACACCAGGUGCUCACGCUCCCCACCUAUGCUGUCGAUGCAGGUUCCUGCUGUGGCUUCCAACCCUCAGCCCCUCGAGGGGGUCGGGGUGGACUCACCCCCAUCGUCAAGCGGAAACACCCGGCUUGGAUGAAGGGCCGCCUGCUGGUGCAGUUCUGGCCUCCGGGGUGGAGCGUGCUUCCCCCACCUCCCGCCCCUGCAUUUAAGACCAGCGAGGGCACAGCGAGGCGGUCCCUGUGGGUUAGCCUGGCCCCCUGGGUGCACGUGUUCCUGGAGGGGUCACUUGCUCUUUGGUGUGGAUUCAGGAGAGGCAAGGAAAUUGUACCGUCCAUAGACGUCGCAAACGAGGACCAGUGCCACCAGCUGGGGGCUUAAUGAUUACUAAAGUGUCCGGGGAGGAUUUUCGCCACACUCACUGUUUCCACGGUGUUGGCGCUGUGGGCACUGGAUGGUUCCAGAGACAGACUGUCUGUGUUUGUUCUUCUUGUUUUUUAAGCGGCCCAGCUUCACUUGAGUCUUGGUCCAAGCUGACUUGGUCCAACAAUCCGGGAUCAUGGAUUGUUACCAAGUCUUUGCACAGAAUUGUCAGCUAAGGGGACCCUUGCCCUCCUGACAGCAGUGACCUCCAGACGGCACAGCCCAUCCACAGCAGGGAGGAGGGGCAAACGAAGGGGAAGGGCCGUGACCAUGAAUGCUGACGGGUCGGCCUGAACGGUGCUGCCAGCGCCCGGCUAACUGGGCGCUUUCCUCCUUCUCUGUGUAAGGACUCUUCCAGUGACAUGUUCUCUGGGGACCUGCUGCCCAGAAAGAUCUAACAUUAGGCUUCGAAGGUUGAGGUCUAUGUUUUUGCUGAGAUUUUAUAUCUGUUUUAGGUGCCAUUUUAACGCAACUUAGGAAGGUGGUCGUCAGCCCCUCCGCCUGUGAAACACUAGAGUGAGAACAAGGGCAGUGAAUUGGUCUGACUCAAGCAUGUAGGAGACCCGUUCUACUUCUCUGGAAACUACGGGAUAAACUAAAAUGUGAUAUUGGAAGUUUUGCAAGAAAAAAAAAGACCAUGUGUCUUCAUGCUUUCACUUGAAGAAUGACAUAACGCCUUCCGUGAUGCUGUUUUUGUGGAAUGCGGCAGGUUCUUAAACUUUGCUUCAGUGGAGUGGCCUGCUACGGGUGUGGCCCGCACAUUAGGACAGAGAGUGAGAGGCCGCCGCCCAGGGCUGAUUUCCAGACGCCUUUUCCUGGCUUGAGGCGCCCGGACUCCCCAGAUCUAGAGGGGGGCUCUCUCAAUUAGAAUUUCAGUUUGAGACAGAAGGGUAACCGUUUACUUCCACCUCCCACCCCGAGAAAGGGGGGCCACGUAACGUGGCCCAGCGGGAACACACGCAGGCACAUCCUUUGCCACACAGGACAGAGCACACUGCAUCCACGUCAAGGUCACCUCUUGACGGCAGCAACUGAUAACAUCAAGGACUUUAGUGGCCCCGUGGCUGUUAAAUGCAUUAUUUAAAACAAAAAAUAGAAGUAUCUAUUUUUUACAUCACAAACGGCAAGUUAAGACCUGGGUCAGAUAUUUUUCGUUUAAAAUGUGUUUGCUAGUUUGGGUCAAAUGUGAAAACCUUCCAUGUUUUUCCCCAGAGAAGGUAAUACACCAGCCUCCUCCUCUCUCGCCCUUCUCCCUGCCUCCCACCCUCAGCACCUAAAAUUCAUUAUGUGAGGAACAGCGCAGCAUCCUGCCAGCGGGAGCACAGACAAGCCCCUCACCGUGAGCCCUGGCUCCCCAGCCACGGGGUGGGGGCCACUGGGUCUCCAGGCCCUGAAGACGAGUGGCUGAUCUUUUCAAGGUAAAAUCAUUCACUUUGGGGAAAUGUCUUUUUUUAAAGGCACAGAUGGCCUGGUCCUUUUUUCAGGCCUAAAAAAAAAAACAUACCUCACACGAGAUGGAUACCCCUCAGUGCGCUUUUUUGGUAAAAAUUACAGUAUUUGUGUUUGAGUAUCACUAUUUUUUAUACACUGUAUGGUAAAAAGAACUGUUAACAGCUACCUUAAACACUGUGAUUUGUUUUUUUUAAAACCCUAAUAUAAAUAUUUUACUAACUUACAAUCAUGCAUCUAAUAACACAUUGGGAUUCUUCUGAAAUCAGUGUUAAUUGACGUAUACUCUUACUAGCCUGGCUCUUGGAUCUGUUGGAAACACAUAGGAAGCUGAAAUAUCACAACUGAAAUACAACCGCGUGCGUACGUGCGCGCGUCAGAGGGUCCCUUCUCCCCUGAGCCACGCAGAAUUACUUCCCUGCAAACCUGUUCCCUUCCUCGUGCUUCCCAUGCAAGAAGGACAAGCGAGUCUCUCAUUUCCACCAGCAAGGCGGCCUCUGACCACGGUCAGAAGUCACCGACUUCACACAGCAGGGUCCGGCUGGAGACCGUGGACUAUCCCUGUGUGGUGAGCAGCUGUCUGCUCUUCAAGGAAUCACCACCUGUGGGCUGUUACCAAAGAACUCUGCAAUUGGGAAGAUGCCGAUGGCAGUGAUUUGCACCAGCUGCGUCUCUGCAGCCCCCAGGGGCCCAACCCGGAGCAUAAGCGGCAGCCCCAGCCCCCGUGAGUCUCCCCCUGCGAUGCCUCCCCUACCUUGGCAGAUUCCUUCCUGAUGUGUCUGUACCGGCCCCGGGACCCAAACCGGGGGAGCCUCUGGCAGACACGCAGCAGAGCAGUGCGGAUUCCCUGUGCCAGGACUGGGCUUGAUGCUUUGGUGUGUGUUGAUGGUUGCUGUUCUUGGGUGCCUUAUAUGCUCAAAGUAUUUAGGGACUGACAGACCCUUUGUAUUUUAUACUAAACAGGAGCAAUUCCAAAGCAGAUCUUUUCUAAGCAGGCUCCGAUGUCCUCUCUCCAGCUCAGACCCCCGGGUGUGCUCGGUAGGGCAUCCAGGGCCGCGGGAAGCCGGGUGUGCAGGAGAGAGCAAAUGGCAUCUUCCUAGUCACUUUACUGGUAGUAGUUCCAGGCAAUUAGAAAAUGGCUGUAAGAUAACUAAUUUUUUAAAAAUUUGGGUCUGAUUCAUUUUGCUUUAGGAGACUGAACUGAUCAGAUACAUUGAUUUCUAUCCUGAAUUUGUGGGAACGUAAAUGUUUGGAACGUCCUGCUGUAAGACUGAUGAAUGUAAAGAGUUAAUUUCAGGGUACAGUUUUGCCUUAAUGGUUUAAAAAAUAA